GUGUUUGAUUGUAAGCAAUAGCAAUUGCCAUCGAUAUGCGAUUUUUAUGAGGUUUUUCUGUUCAGUGUUUAAGAAGCCGUCGUAGAAAAAGUCACCAUGUCCCUGGUAGCACAAGCAUUCGAAGCCAGCAAGAUCGUGCCGGAUGUCAUCCCGACACCGCCGAAAAGCAACAUCCAGCUGACCUACCCCAGCGGCGCCAUUGCCAGCCAGGGUAAUGAGCUGACCCCCACUCAAGUGAAGGAACAGCCCACCGUCACCUUCGAGGCUGACCCCAACGCUUACUACACUCUGGUGUUCACCGACCCAGACAACUACGACGGCUCAGAGCCAGUGUACCGCGAGUGGCACCACUGGCUGGUGGGCAACAUCCCCGGCGCUGACGUCACCAGGGGCGAGGUCCUCUCCGGAUACAUCGGCUCCGGCCCGCCAGAGGGCACUGGCAUCCACAGAUACGUGUACAUCCUGUAUAAACAGCCCGGCAAGAUCAAUUUUGAUGAGAAGAGGCUGACUAACAAAUCCAUCGACGGCCGUGCCGCCUUCUCAACGAAGAAAUUCGCCGAGAAAUACAACUUAGGAGCGCCGGUAGCCGGCAACUUCUACCGCGCUCAGUUCGACGACUAUGUGCCGCUGUUGUACAAGAGUUUGGGCGUUUAAUGUUAAUGUUUGUUAAUAUUAUUGUUAAUUGUAAAUAUAUGCUUGUUGUUUA